AUGCGUUUCCUUCAAACCUUGACGGCCUCGUUGCUGCUCACUGGCAGCUCACUAUGCGCCGGAGCUACUGGGACCGCCCAAAAGGGUCACCAUGGCGCAAUUGCUCCCAAGGUGUUCAUUGUGUCAAUGUUCGCACCUGAAGCUGAAGCUUGGUGGAACAUCCCCGAAUUCGACUUGCUUGCCCACAAUAUCACCAUCCCCGGUCUCUCGCCUCUGUUCCCGGACGUCUACUGUACCGAGAACUACGAUGUUUGCCAGCUUGUCACCGGAGAAGGCGAGAUCAAUGCUGCUGCUACUGUCACCUCCGUUGCUUUCUCCCCGCUGUUCGAUCUCACCCAAACCUACUUCUUUGUCGCGGGCAUUGCUGGCAUCAACCCCAUGAAAGCCACUACUGCAUCCGCUACCUUUGCUCGGUACGCGAUCCAGGUCGCGCUGCAGUAUGAAAUUGAUCUCCGCGAGCUUCCCAGCAACUUUUCCACCGGAUAUAUUGCGCAAGGUACCGAAUUCCCAGGCCAGUACCCGACCAGCAUCUACGGCACAGAGGUCUUCGAGCUGAAUGCCGACCUUCGCACAAUUGCCGCCGAUUUCGCGCGCAAGGCAAACCUUUCCGACUCUGCCACUGCCCAGGCUUACCGCGCCCGCUACAAGACUCCCAGUGGGAAAUACAAGGCUGCUACCCUGCCCCCCUACGGCAAUAUCCUCGGCUCGGUGUUUGAAAACACCACCAAGGUGUUGACUAAUGGGACGGGCAACUAUUGCGCAACUGCACAGGAGGACAACGCCACCUUCGAGGUCUUGCUCCGAUCCUCCAUCCACAAGUUGACUGAUUUCUCCCGCAUUAUCGUCAUGCGCACUGCGUCGGACUUCGAACGGCCCUACCCCGGUGCACCGGCAACCUACAAUCUGUUCCAAUCCUCGGAGCAGGGCGCAUUCGAGCCGGCUAUUGAGAAUCUUUAUGUUGCUGGUAUCAAGGUUGUGGAAGGUAUUCUGGACGGCUGGGAUGCUACCUUUGCUGCUGGUGUCAAGGCCAACAACUACAUUGGUGAUAUCUUCGGUUCUCUUGGUGGUGUUCCAGACUUUGGUCCUGGACGCAAGCAGGCUCUUAUCGGUGGCGGCGCUUACAGAAAGCGCAGCCUUCAAAACAACUUCAAGCGUCGCGUUUAA